AUGUAAUGGCAACGCGCAAUCUAGAAGUCUCAUCUCAUCGAAACCAAAGCCAAGUCAGAGAGAGAAAAUCCCCAUCUCAUUCUAUAUUUCCAUUUGACCAUUUCAUUGCAACGCUGGUUUUUCAUUUCCCACUCGAAAAUGGCAGCAUCUCUCGUAGAAUUGCUCCCCAAAGAGUACGGUUACGUCGUCAUCGUUCUCGUUCUCUAUGUCUUCCUCAAUUUCUACAUGGCAUUCCAAGUCGGCAUGGCUCGCAAGAAGUACAAUGUCCCUUAUCCCACCCUUUAUGCCCUUGAAUCCGAAAACAAGCAAGCCAAUCUCUUUAACUGUGUUCAGAGAGGACAUCAGAACUCUUUGGAAACAAUGCCCAUAUUCUUCAUGCUCAUGAUUAUGGGAGGGUUGAAGCACCCUUCAGUUUGUGCUGGCCUUGGGUUGCUUCAUGUUGUUUCUCGCUAUUUCUACUUCACUGGCUAUGCCACUGGUGAUCCCGCGAAGCGACUCACUCUCGGGAAGUUUCAUAUGCUGGCAAUUCUGGGUCUUAUUGUGUGCACAAUUUCAUGUGGGCGGAGCCUUCUCGAUCAGCCUGCUAGCUCCUGAUGCUGUUCUCGUUCAGCCCGCUAGCUCCUGAUGCUGUUCUUUUAGAUAUUCUAGUCGCUAGUUGAGAAAUGAUAAAUCCUUCUAAUUGACAUGCCUAAAAAUUUUCCUAAUUCAAAAUCUCAUUCACAUACAUUGAAUUAUCUUUCAAUGUUUGCGUAAAUUACAAUCUCUACUGUUUUGGGUGGAAUUCUGAAUUAGGAGGAUCUUUAGGCACACCAGUAGAAGGCUAUAUUAUCACUCUUGCUAAUUUGGAGUUUCUUUGGUCCUUCCCUGUUCCAACUUCCAAUAAGAUAAGCUAAAGGAUUAUGAAUAAUGUAAGUGUAUUAUGUAUUUGAUUUCAGUAUAGCCUUUGUGUAACAAUAAGGAAAAGUUUGUAGUUUCUGAACGUCUUUUGAAUAUGGCUUAUCAUACUAUUUGAUCCUGAGUUGUCUUCAAUUA